GGGAGCCGAUCCCCCGCGCGCGGCAAUCGGGGCAUUCGCCAGCCACACCUCUCUCCAUCCUCUCGUUCUCUCUCUGUCUCCUCUUCUCUCUCCCCCGACGGAGAGGAGAGAAGGCGAGGAGCCGGGGGAGAUGGGAUCGGACUCGCCGCCCAAGAAAUGGGGCCUCAGGGAGCAGCGCGAAGCCUACCUCCGGUGGUUCUCCCUCGCCGACGACGAUGGAGAUGGGCGCGUGACGGGGAAAGACGCGCUCAAGUUCUUCGCCAUGUCGAAUCUCUCCCGCCCCGAGCUGAAGCAGGUCUGGGCAAUCGCUGAUUCCAAGCGUCAGGGUUAUCUUGGAUUCUCGGAGUUUAUGACCGCAAUGCAGCUGGUUUCUCUUGCACAAGCUGGGAAUGAGAUUAGUCAGGACACCCUUGCACAUGCAGAUUUGGAGACGUUGCUACCUCCGACAAUGGAAGGUCUGGACAAAAAACUAAAAAAUAAUUCUAUGAGCAAGAGCAACUCUGAUAUUGUCGUACGUCAUCCGUCAGAAUUGCCUGCAUCAGCCAACUGGUUUAACUCCAAGUCAGGAAAGAAGAUUCCUUUAAGAUCAGUUACUUCGAUCAUCGAUGGGUUAAAGAAAUCUUACAUUGAGAAGUUGAGGCCACUAGAAAAAACAUAUCAGUUCGAUGACUUUGUUUCACCUUUGCUGACUAGCAGUGAUUUCGAUGCGAAGCCAAUGGUCAUGUUGCUGGGUCAGUAUUCCACAGGAAAAACCACAUUCAUAAAGCAUUUACUGAAGACAAAUUAUCCAGGUGCUCAUAUUGGUCCAGAGCCUACAACUGACAGAUUUGUUGUUAUUACUUCUGGACCUGAUGAAAGAUGCAUCCCUGGAAACACAAUUGCCGUGCAAGCAGACAUGCCAUAUAGUGGCUUGUCAUCUUUUGGGACAGCAUUUCUAUCAAAGUUUGAAUGUUCUCAGAUGCCUCAUCCACUACUGGAUCAUAUAACCUUUGUGGACACUCCUGGAGUUUUAUCAGGGGAAAAGCAGCGAACACAGCGUAGCUAUGACUUCACUGGAGUUACAUCAUGGUUUGCAGCCAAGUGUGACCUAAUUCUUCUCCUAUUUGAUCCACAUAAGCUUGACAUCAGUGAUGAGUUCAAGCGUGUAAUUGGGUCACUCAAAGGGCAUGAUGAUAAAAUACGUAUAGUUCUGAACAAAGCAGACCAAGUUGAUGCACAACAACUCAUGAGAGUCUAUGGAGCACUGCUAUGGUCGCUUGGGAAAGUUCUGAACACACCAGAAGUCAUGCGUGUGUACAUAGGUUCAUUUAACGACAAGCCCAUUAGGGAGACAGUAGCUGGGCCACUGGGUAAAGAACUGUUUGAGAAAGAACAAGAAGACCUGCUCUCCGACCUGAAUGACAUUCCAAAGAAAGCCUGUGACCGUCGAAUCAACGAAUUCGUGAAGCGUUCGAGGUCAGCCAAGGUCCAUGCUCACAUAAUCAGCCACCUGAAGAAGGAGAUGCCGGCGCUGAUGGGCAAGGCCAAGGCGCAGCAGCGGCUGCUCGACACCCUCGACGAGCAGUUCGCCAAGGUUCAGAAGGAGCUGCACUUGCCGGCCGGCGACUUCCCCAGCGUGGAUGAGUACAGGGAGACACUGAGCGCCUACAACUUCGACAAGUUCGAGAGGCUGAAGCCCAAGCUGGUGCAGGGCGUCGACGACAUGCUCGCCUACGACAUCCCCGAUCUCCUCAAGAGCUUCAGGAACCCCUACGAAUGAAUGAGCAAGCAGCAGCAGUCAGAGAAGGCGUGUUCGACCACAAUACAAGCAUGGAUCUUUCUUGUUCACAAAAAAAGAAUGUGAUCCGUGAAUCGUCAAUCCAUCUCUUUUGUGCUCCACGAAGGCGCGAUAUAUGGCUUUUUGUUGGCGAUUUUCUUCAGUCUUCUGCAGUGAUCUCUGAAGAAGGCAGUGUGACAGGAAUGUGCAAAGUGAAGCCGAUUGGAAAGUUUGGAACAGCGUUAAACUGGGCU